GCGAAAUAUAUUCAUAAAAAUAAAAAGCAAUGUAUUCCCAACAUGUUCAAGGGCAUGAGAAAUAUCCAGGAGGGGCCAUUCCAAUAAUCCCCGUUCCUCCUGCUAAUCUCAACUCUUCAUUCAUGUACACAACUAGUCAAGUUAGCGGCAGUUCUCUCCAUUGGUCAAGUGGCCUCUGCCAUUGUUGUGAUGAUCCUGCAAACUGUUUAAUCACAUGUUUCUGCCCAUGCAUCACCUUUGGGCAGAUUGCAGAGAUUGUGAGCAAAGGAUCAAUCUCGUGUGCGGCGAGUGGAAUAGUGUAUGGAUUGCUGAUGGGAUUGGGGUGCUUGUACUCAUGCUUCUUUAGAUCCAAGCUAAGAGGGCAGUAUGACUUGGAAGAAUCACCACUCCCUGACUGCCUUGUUCAUUGCUGCUGUGAGCCUUGUGCUUUGUGUCAAGAGUACCGUGAACUCAAGAAGAGAGGUUUUGACAUGGGCAUUGGGUGGCAGGCCAAUGUUGAUAGAAAAAGCCGUGGAGUGAUGUUACCUCCAGUGGUUGGAAAUGGCAUGACAAGAUGA